UUUGACAAGGCGCACUUGGAGGUUCCCCGCAAAAGCUUUUGCAGCCGAAUUUUUGUGGAUUUUUGUCUUAAAAAGCGCUGAAUAACCGUCAAAAUGGACGAACGAUCGUUAGAAGAGGCUCGUCCCGAAAAGUCUUUGGGCCUGCUGACACGUAGAUUCGUGGAAUUAAUGAUAACGAGUGACAAUGGGAUUCUGGAUUUGAAACAGGCGGCAAUCGUGCUAAAUAUCACGCAAAAACGCCGGAUUUACGACAUCACGAACGUCCUGGAAGGCGUCGGCUUGAUACGAAAAGCGAGCAAAAACUCCGUGCAAUGGCUGGGAAGUUCGGGCAACGAGGUACAAGGACUGCUGGAAAGCACAAAAAUUCAAAUGAUUCGACAGCAAAUGUUCAAGGCGCACGAAGAGGAACUCGAUCGGCAUCUGAAAUACAUUCAGCAAAAUCUGAAAACGACGAAAAAUGAUCCGAUUAAUCGAUCUUUCGGGUAUGUGACGCGCGACGACUUGCUGAAAACUUAUGGGAACGAUCGCACGAUCCUCACAAUACGAAAUCACAAGGAAGUGCAUAAGCCGGGAUUGUUAACGGACGACGACGAGGGCAAUGUGAUACUGAAUCGCGCACUAAUUGUCACCUCCGAAGGGCAAUUGGAUGUUCGACUGGUGUCGUCGACGGGCGAUUCGUACAAAAGUAUCGAAAAACCAACGGAAAAUGGCACCGCAACAACGGAAAUGGACGAAAAAUCGACAGUUAAGCAACUAAAAGUGCGCUCAAAACGAAAACAAGACCUAACAACGGGACUGAGAGUGACAAAGAGACCUGCUAAGGACACAAAAAGUGCCGCUGAAGAGUCUUCCGAGAGCGAAACCGAAACAGAUAUCGAACUGAAGGAAUCUGCCGUGAUAAUUCUCGGUGAAAUGGUCGAUCCGAGCAAGGAGAAAUUUGCUUUGCGUGAGUUUGAACUAAAUCCAGCGAUGAUUCGUCUCAAUCCGCCGGCACACACGGAAUAUCAGACGUUUAGUUUGUACGACGACGAGGGCAUUAUCGACUUGUUCGAUAUCGAGGGUCAAACGGAAGCCAAGGGAAAUCGAUAUGAUGACGGAGACUCAAGUAACGGCGCAAGCAGUCAAGAUUUCGUAUGAUAGUCAAUGAACCUGUAGUUAGAUAGGUAGAAAAAGAUUUAUUUCAGAUGUAACCUCAUCAUUACUAAUAGAGUAACUAAAAAGCGAUUUAAUAACCAAAUGAAAAAAUUAUAGAGAUAAAAAAAAAGAGAAAUUUAAUAUAAAUAAAAUGUCACGA